AUGCUACCAUACUCGCUAUUCGUGGCAUUUGUCUUUGCAUGGAUGGCUCUAGCCCAGCCUACCGGUUUGGAUCUCUCCAAGGAUGAAAUGGCCCAUUUGACCAACGACCCGGAGAUCACCCAUAAGGUGUCGUUGAUCGUCACCAGAACUUCGGGUUCCAGCGAGGAGGAUGUGGGAAACUUGGUGUUUGGAAUGUUUGGAGGCACCGUUCCCAAGACGGUUGAUAACUUCAUUGGUUUGGCCACCAAGGUCAACGGCUAUGGCUACGAAAACUGCUUAUUUCACCGCAUCAUCAAAGACUUCGUGGUUCAAGGCGGAGACUUUGAACGUUCAGACGGCACUGGAGGAUAUUCCAUCUAUGAUAAGAGUCUGUUCAAGGAUGAGAACUUCUCCAUCAAGCACAACAAGAAGGGACGGUUGUCUAUGGCCAACGCAGGCCCAAACACCAAUGGUGCUCAGUUCUUUGUUCUUACUGGCGACUCUUCUGCUAAUCUUGACGGCAGGCAUGUAGUAUUUGGCCAGCUCAUCCUGGGAUUUGAUGUGCUUGAGCAGUUGAACGAAGCUAAGACGAAGAACAACGAUCGCCCUCUAGACAACUGGACUUUCAAUUUGGCUAGCGUGACAGAUGUGGAAGGAAAUAUCAUAGCAGGAAGUGCAGAAAAGGAUAAGGAGACUUCCGAAACAGAACAGGAGAAGGUUGGCGACGAGCUUCUUGCCGAAAAGGUGCCUGAGAAGGGAGAGAAGUCUGAAAAAGCUGAAAAGUGGACGGAGUCUACCAAGGCGAGUGGGCUGGGCUCCCUGUCUUCGAUCCACUAUCUCGGAUUGGUGGGGUUGUUCUCGUUUGCAGGUUACUAUGCAUUGAGAUGGUCGAGAAGAAGACAUGGAAUCACCAUCACUGGGUUUCGGUCGUAG